AUGUUUUCAAAACUAUUAUUUAAGAUUGAUAAGAAUUCUUAAGGUAAUCAAUAAAAAUAAGAUAAAAAUAAGGUAGAGAUCUUAUAAACUAAGCUAUUCAAGCCUAUUUUUGCAUAAAAGGAAUCAAAAAUUAAAGAAUAGAAUUAGAAAGAUCAAAAUAGAGGAUGGGUUCUGAUAAUAAAUAUUGUAAUUUAUAGAAUAUUCUAGUAUUUUUAGGAUAUUUAAUAGCAGCUAAUUCUAGAAAAUUUAAACUAAUUAAUGUCUUAAUUAGCUUCAAUAGGUAUAGACUUUGGUAGUCAAAGAUCAGUAAUUGCAGCUGCUCUUAGAGGUGGUGUAAAGAUUUUAGAUAAUGAGGGAACUCAUAGAGAAACAUAAAAUGUUAUAGGAUUUACAGCUGAGGAAAGAUUUAUUGGAGAAUAAGGUGCUUUGCAAUAAAAGUCCAAUUUCAAAAAUUCAAUUGGAUUCUUUAAUAGAUUCUUAGGAAUCUCAGGAAAACAAUAAUUUAGAGAGGAAGAAACAAAAUGGUUGACAGUUCCUACAUAAAUAAAUGAAUCUGGAAAAACAUUGUUUGAAGUGUCUUACCUUGGAUAAAAGACAAGCUUCACUCCAGAAUAAUUGACAGGCACAAUGCUCAAUAAAUUGAAGAAUAUUAUAUAACUGAACGACAUUAAUAUAUAAUCUAGUAAUGUUUGUAUAAGUGUCCCUCCUUAUUAUACAGAAUCUGAAAGAAAAGCUCUUAUUGAUGCUUGUAAGAUAUCAGAAAUACCACUUGAGAGAUUGUUAAAUGAAACUACAGCAAUUGCUAUAAAUUAUGGUUUAUUUAGAAAAACAGAUUUGGAUGCAGAGAAACCAAGAAAUGUAGCAUUUGUUGAUUUAGGUCAUUCUAAAUUUUCAGCUUUUGUAGGAUCCUUUUACAAAGAAAAAGCUUCAGUUUUGGCUUAAGUUUGUGAAAGAAAUUUGGGUGCAAGAGAUAUUGAUUGGGUUUUAUUUGAGAAAUUUGCGACUCAAUUUGAAAAAUAAACUGGUGGAUUAAGUGUAAGAAAGAAUAUUAAAGGAAGAUUACGAUUAUUAGAAGCAAUAGAAAAAGCUAGAAAGGUCUUAUCUGCUAAUUCAGAAGCAUAAAUUAAUGUUGAAUAUUUAGUUGAAGAUGAGGAUUUUAAUACUCUCAUAAAAAGAGAAGAAUUUGAAUAAUUAGCAUAACCUUUUCUAAAGUAGAUUUAAAUUAAACUAGAUUUAUUAUACAAUUAAGUUUAAAACUUAAAAUUAUAACUUCAUUCAGUUGAAAUAAUAGGAGGAGCAACAAGAAUACCUGCUGUGUAAAGAUUAAUAGAAAAAAUCUUCAAAAUUGAAUAAGUCUCAAGAACUUUAAAUGCAAGUGAAUCUAUAUCAAGAGGAUGUGCAAUGAUGGCUGCAAUGAGAAGCCCUAAUUUUAGAGUUACUGAAUAUAAAAUUGAUGAUUGUAAUUAUUAUCCAAUCAAAGUUGGUUGGCUCUAUGAAUAAAAAUUAAAUUCAUUAGAUUAAAGUAAGGGAUUAUUGAAUUGUUUCCCUGAAAGGUAAUGUAAAAUUUUAUAUGAUUAAAAUAAUCCCAUUCCUUCAAUCAAAAGUUUUGCUUUAAUGAAAACUUAACCUAUUGAAAUAACUCUUUUUUAUGAUCCAGUUCCUUAAGGAUUUGACCCUAUUUUAAGUAAAAUUAAGUCUCCUACUAUUUUUUAGAAUAGAUUUAUGUACCUCCCAUUAUAGCCAAGCAUAAAGAGCAUUCAACUAAAGUUAAAAUAUUGUUGAAUUAAAAUGGUCUAAUAAAUUUGGAAGAAGUAUUAUUUUAAGAAGAAUAUAUGGAGGAAAUCAAAGUACCUGUAAGUCAUGUUCAUUAAUAUUUUAGAUUGAGAAAGCAAAGAUAAAAAUUCCUUAAAAGUAAGAAGAAUGUUCAUAAUAAAAACCUGAUAUUUAAAUAUAAGAGGGAAUAAAGGGAGAAGGAGAACCUUAAUAUGAAAUUAAAUAGAAAAAAAAAAUUACAUAAAAUUAGAUCAACUGUGAGACUACUUGUCUUUAUUCUUUGACUUAGAAAGAGAUUGACCAAUUCUUCUAGUAAGAGAUUGAAAUGCUUAACAUUGAUAACUAAGUUCAUGAAACUCAAUUCAAGAAGAAUCAAUUAGAAGCAUAUAUUUAUGCUUGGAGAGAAAAUUUGAACGGAAAAUAUGCAGAAAAUGCAAGACAAGAACUCAAAGAUUAAAUUUAUAAAGAAUUAGAUCUUCAAUAUGAAUGGUUGUAUGGAGAUGGCUAAAAGACUACAAAGAGAGAAUAUACUGAUAGAUAUGAUAAACUUGUUUAAUUAUGUAGUCCGAUAGCAACAAUAGCAGAGGAGUAUCGGUAAUUACCUGAUGUCAUUUAAUAAGUCUUAGAAGACAGUAUAAUUUAUGAAAAUUUUUUGAAUCUUCAAGUAAUUUAUUCUUAAUCAUUAUAGGAAUAGUAAUUUGCUCAUAUUACUAAAGAAGAAAUAAAUCUUGUGGCUAAUGAAUUAACAAAAUUUAAAUAAUGGUGCAAUAAUGCAUUAGACUUGUUGAGUAAAGCCGAUAAGACAAUUAGAUUCACAAUUUCUAUUUAAUAAAUUAAUACUAAAUAUGCUGAAUUAUAACAAGUAAUGAUUACUAAUAAUCGUUAGAAAUGCUAACCAAUUAUUACUAAACAAAAACCUGAACCAAUAAAGGAAGAAAAAAUGGUCGAUCAAGCUUAAUAAGAACAAUAAAAUAUUAAUUAAAAUAAGAUGGAAACUGAAUGA